AUGGCUAAGUUCGUGCCCAGACAGAGAAAGCACAAGGUGCUGGCUCGUGAGAGAGCCAAAGAAAGCGCUCGCCAUGAAGUCGAAGACACCAACCAGGAAAUCUUGCCGGCCGCAAAGAAAGAGCUGGAGGAGAAGAAGGCUCGCAUGAAGGAGCAGUUGAAGGAAGAUGGUGCAAAGAUGAGCGGCAAGAAGGCGAAGCGCCUGGAAAAGUACAUUGACAAUAAGCUGCGCAAAGACGAGAACCGCGAAUUGCUUGCGAAGCUCGCCGAGAGAAAGAUCGACACGAGUCUGUUUGCGAGCAGCAAAUCUCUGGGACAGGGUCGCGAAACGAAGAAGCAGGCGUUGUCUCGUGCGCUGAGAGAACACAGAGCUGGGGUUGAUCCUACAUCUUCGGUGGAGAAUGUUCUUUUUGAGCAGCGACCAGAGGUUGAUGAAGACGACGAAGAUGAUGAUGAUGCGCACAUGUCGGACGAUGCGACUGCACCCGUGGCACAACCCGAUACUGAGACGCCGAAAGCCGUUGCUCCGACUACCCAAGAGGCGGUGGCCUCGGCAGUGACUGCUGGAUCCGGUCUCAAACGGCCGCUCGAACUAGAUGACGAAGGCCGGCCGGUGAUUCAGAAGCGACAGAAGAGAGGAGGCUUGAAGACCAAAGUUUCACUCGUCCCAGAUAAGCAAUCGGAGUCUGAAGAGGUGGGAGAUGACGAUGAAUGGAAUGGUUUCAGUGGCGACGAGGAUGACAAGGCUGAGAAAGAUGACGAAUCGGACGAAGAAUCCGAAGACAACUCGAGCCAAAAUUCCGAAGACGAUGACGACUCUGAAUCUGAAGAAGAAACCAGCGAAGAGGAAGAUGACGAAGAAGAAGAGAUAGAUCAGGAACAAAAGAGCCAAAGAUCGUCCUCUUUCAAGGCAUGGGCCCAUCAGCAGCGAAACGAGGCGCUUGGAUACCAGCCUGUGGAUGCAACUUCGGCUGUGCUAGAUAUACCGAAGCCAGAAAACUUCGUCCCAAGAGCUCCUGAACAGGAUCCCUUACCGAUGGAAUUACAGAUAACCGAGAAAACGUCAAGAAAAGUCUUUAGCGUGGCUGUUGUAAGAACGCCCGAGAUCCAGGAGGCCCGAAUGAAGCUCCCUGUCGUCUCCGAAGAGCAGAGGCUCAUGGAGGCAAUCCACAACCACGACAUUGUUGUAAUUUGUGGUGCUACUGGUUCAGGAAAAACUACACAGGUGCCUCAAUUCCUGUUCGAGGCAGGCUAUGGAUCUCCCGACUCUCCAACACCAGGAAUGAUUGGUGUCACGCAGCCCCGUAGGGUUGCUGCUGUCAGUAUGUCUAAGCGAGUGGCAGACGAGCUUGGAGACCACUCAAGCGCGGUGGCCUAUCAGAUCCGUUUCGAAGGCAACGUUGAUGCAAAGACAGCCGUCAAGUUCAUGACUGAUGGUGUGUUGCUCCGAGAGGUUGCGCAGGAUAUUACGCUGCGAAAGUACUCUGCCAUUGUUAUCGAUGAGGCCCACGAGAGAAGUGUCAAUACCGACAUCUUGAUUGGAAUGCUUAGUCGAGUCAUUAAACUCAGAACCGAGCUGUCACAAGAGGACCCAACGAUUAAGCCCUUGAAACUCAUCAUCAUGUCUGCCACGCUAAGAAUAGAAGACAUGACGAUGAACCCUAGCCUGUUCUCAACACCACCACCUGUUGUGGAGGUCGAAGGACGACAGCAUCCUGUUACUAUCCACUUCGCUCGUCGUACUCACCACGACUACGUUGAAGAGGCAUUCCGGAAAAUCUGCCGCGGUCAUAAGAAACUACCCCCUGGAGGUUUCUUGGUUUUCUUGACAGGCCGCAACGAGAUUCUGCAGCUGAGCAAGAAGCUCAAGGCGGCUUUUGGCGGCCCAAGGACGGCUGAAGGUCCUAAAGUGAAGAUCUCGGCGACUGAAGCACCAGUUGAAGUCGAAGACCUCGAGUUUGGCGACGUUGACGAGCAUGAUUUUGACGAUAUCGAUGGCAUUGAGUCUGAUGUUGAAGAAGAAGGGGAUGACGAGUUCAAGAUUGAAGAGGAAGAUGAAGUUGUUCCCCUCAAGAUGCAGGUAUUGCCUCUGUACUCUUUACUUCCAGUCAAAGAGCAGCUGAGAGUCUUUGACGAGGUUCCCGAAGGAACUCGACAGAUUAUCCUUGCAACCAACGUUGCUGAGACCAGUUUAACCAUUCCCGGCAUUCGAUUUGUAUUUGACUGCGGACGCUCAAAAGAAAGGAAUUACGAUCGUCUCAGUGGCGUUCAGAGCUACGAGAUUGGCUGGAUUAGCAAAGCCAGCGCAAGUCAGCGAUCAGGUCGUGCUGGUCGUACGGGGCCUGGUCACUGCUACAGACUUUACUCAUCAGCGGUUUACGAGAGAGAUUUCCAAGAGUUUUCAGACCCUGAACUGCUGCGGAUGCCCAUCGAAGGCAUCGUGUUGCAGCUCAAGGCCAUGAAUCUACAAAACGUCGUCAACUUCCCGUUCCCUACACCUCCAGACCGACAGAUGCUCGCCAAGGCCGAAAAGCUCCUCACAUAUCUUUCUGCCAUAUCUCCCAGCGGCCAGGUCACCAAGGUGGGAACAACAAUGUCCAUGUUCCCCCUGUCCCCUCGAUUCGCAAGAAUCUUGCUCGUGGGACACCUCCACAACUGUCUGCCGUAUACAAUUGCUCUUGUGGCUGGUUUAUCCGCGGCAGAAGUCUAUCUUGCAGAGAACCAGGCUAUUCCGGCUCUGGCUGAGAAAGAAGACACAGCAAUCCGCACCGCGGCUGAUGUAAUUGAGGAAGAUCGCCAGGCCAACGUUCGGCGACUGUUCAACCAAGUUCACAAGAACUUUUGCUUCUUGGAUGACAAGUCUGACGCCAUCAAGCUUCUGCAAGUGGUAGGCGAGUUCGCACAUGAGCCAACCGAGCAGUGGUGUGAAGCCCAUUUCGUCCGCUACAAGGUCCUUAAGGAGAUCCAACAGCUGCGGAAGCAAAUAACUGAUCUUUUACGUGCAAACAUCCCCUCCUUCGCUGCGCUGCAAUACCAGGAAAAGCUGGAUCCCCCCUCACCAAAGCAAGUCAGCGCGCUGAAACAGAUGACAGCCGCCGGCUUCUUGGACCAAGUCGCUAUCCGCGCCGACCUGGCACCCAACCCACCCGAGCAAUUCAGAAAACCUCGCCGCGCCAUCGACGUGCCCUACAUCCCGCUCAUCCCCCUCCACAGGCCCGGCAGCGGCGAAAACCCCUGCGUCUACAUCCACCCUACCUCCUCGCUCGCCCACGUCAGCCCCCAGGAGUGCCCCGAGUACAUUGUGUACGCCUUCCUGCAGCGCGCCACGCCUUCCGGCGCGCUCGACUCGGAGAAGAAGCCAAAGACGAGAAUGCACGCGCUCACUGAUGUGACGGGCGGGCAGCUUGCUGGGCUGGCAAAGGGCACGCCGCUCAUUAGCUAUGGAAAGCCGAUCAAGGAGGUCAAGGCACAGGCUCUGGGCGCCGAUGGAGCGACGACACGAGAGUGCUGGGUCGUUCCGUAUUUGAGGGCGGAGAAUACGGCUGGUCAGGGAUGGCCGUUGCCGGCGCAGAAGGUGAAGCAGAAGAAGGUGGCUGGCAAAGGAUGGGUUGUAGAAUGA